UCGCCCGAGCAGGGGAUGCUGCUGGGCGAAGACUCGGCCGUCAAAGUGCUUUGGCCAACGUUUGUCACCGCGGACAACCACGUCCUGACCCUGAUGUCCAUGGCGGCUCGCAUCUACAAGCACCCCAGCCUGAAAAACUCCAUCAACCUGGUGGUGGUGAAGGUGCUGGUGGUGGACGAGGCGACGGCGGGGCCGGAGGUGUCCGACAACGGCGGGCUCCCCCUGCGCAACUUCUGCAGCUGGCAGCAAAGGUUCAACCCCCCGAGCGAUCGGCACCCGGAGCACUACGACACUGCCAUCCUGCUGACGAGACAGGACUUCUGCGGACACCAAAGCUGCGACACGCUGGGAGUGGCGGAUAUCGGCACCAUGUGCGACCGCAACAAAAGCUGCUCGGUGAUUGAGGACGAGGGCUUGCAGGCGGCCUACACCCUGGCUCACGAACUGGGCCACGUGCUCAGCAUGCCCCACGAUGACUCCAAGACCUGCGAGCGGCUUUUCGGGCCCCUCGGCAAGCACCAUAUGAUGGCUCCUCUUUUCAUCCACUUGAACAAGACCCAGCCGUGGUCCCCUUGCAGCGCCAUGUACCUCACCGAGUUCCUGGAUGGAGGGCAUGGUGACUGCUUGCUCGAUGCCCCGGCCGACCCCCUCUCCCUGCCCACCGAAUUGCCCGGCCAAGGAGCCCUGUACAGCCUGGACCAGCAAUGCCAGCAGAUCUUCGGCAAGGACUUCCAGCACUGCCCCAACACCACGGAGGAGGACAUCUGCGCCCAGCUCUGGUGCAGGACCGGCAGCGGGGAGCCCCUUUGCCACACCAAGAACGGCAGCUUGCCGUGGGCCGACGGCACCCCCUGCAAAGCCGGGGGGCUGUGCUGGGACGGCCGCUGCGUGCCGCAGGAUGCCCUGAAGCCCCAGCCAGCGGUGGAUGGUGGCUGGGGCCCAUGGAGCCCCUGGGGCUCCUGCUCCCGGACCUGCGGCGGCGGCGUGCAGUUCUCCUACCCCCACUGCGACAGCCCCCAGCCCCAGCACGUUUUCGACAGCCCCAAGCCCCAGCACGGCGGCAGGUACUGCGAGGGCCAGCGCGCCAAGUACCAGUCCUGCCACACCACCGAGUGCCCGCCGGAUGGCAAAAGCUUUCGGGAGCAGCAGUGCGAGAAGUACAACAGCUACAACUUUACAGAUCUGGAAGGGAAUCGCCUGGAGUGGGUUCCCAAGUAUGCGGGGGUCUCACCCCGAGACCGAUGCAAGCUCUUUUGCCGAGCCAAGGGGAGGAGCGAAUUUAAAGUCUUUGAGGCCAAAGUGAUCGAUGGGACGCUGUGCGGACCGGAGACCCUCUCCAUCUGCGUCCACGGCCAAUGCAUCAAGGCUGGCUGCGAUCAUGUAGUCGGGUCCUCCAAAAAGCUGGACAAGUGCGGGGUGUGCGGCGGCAAUGGAUCGACUUGCAGGAAAAUAUCCGGCUCGCUCAACCGAUCCAACAUCACCAGUGACAGCAUCACCGGGCAGAGCCAGGCUUUUAGUCCCAAACACUUCACCCGUUUCAAAAGAAAGGGAGCAAAGGGAAUUUCCCACCAAGACUUUGCCAUCUCUGCCAUGGAGCAGGAUAUCCUCAUUAAGGGGACCAUCCUGAAAUACAGCGGUUCCAUGACGACCCUGGAGAGGCUACAGAGCUUCCGACAGCUCCCGGAGCCCCUGACUGUCCAGCUGCUGACCAUCGCCAGCGAGAUCUUCCCACCAAAAGUCAAGUACACCUUCUUCAUCCCCAAGGACGUCCCUUUCAGCAAGCAGAAAGGCAAAGAGAAGAAGUCGGCCAACGUCAUCCGACCAAUGCUGACCUCCCAAUGGGUCCUGGGCGACUGGUCCGAGUGCUCCAAGACGUGUGGCUCCGGCUG